AUGACAGUCGCGAUGCUAGACCCUAAUAGACCCGCUGCCAACACUCGGAGUGCCAGACGCGCCCGCGACGCCGCCUCACUCUUGUUCUCGCUCCCCUCUCCGCACGACCCUGUCGCGUCGACUUCCACGGCCGUCAAUCCUCCGGCGCAUUUCAGCUUCCAUCGACAGAUCCAGGAGGAUGCGUUGGCGAAGCUGCGUAAGCUGUCGGACGAAUUGGAGGAGGUGGAGGCGCUGCUGGAGUACUGGGAGGAGGAGCAGUUCGGACUCUGCGAGUCGUUAAACGAGCACAACGAGGUGGCGGCGGAAGUCGUCAGGGAGCGCCAGCAGCAUCGCGCGGACGUCAAUGCUUUCUCGGCGCACUACGGGCAGAAGCACGCCGAGAUGGAAACUCUCGCACUGGCUCUACCUCUGACGCUUGACGGCGAGGAGGAAAUGCUUCGGCGCGUCGUCUGGCCGCACCAAACCAUCGUCAGCAGAGAAGGCACCGGGAUUCGACUGGCGCUCUUCCUCUCCCCGGAGCAACAAGCCGCUCUUCCGGUCACCCUGUCAGAGCUCAAAGGUCAUGGAAUCCUCGAGGCUUUGCCCGCCGGUAUCGCCAUCUCGCAAGCCGACCUCGGUUCGGUUAAAGCCGACUUCGAACACCUGGUCAAGGAGGCAGACGAGAUUGGCGAUUCAUGUCGCCGUCUGGCCGAGACUUGA